CAAUAACGCAGCGCAUCCUUUGCUCUUUAGAUCAAACUAUAAUUUAUUUUUUUCCAUUAGUAUAAUAUCACAAGUCAUCGAUGCAGCAUUAUUAAAUAGUGGACAGAAUGUUAAUGCGCUCAGUUUAUUCAUUUCACUCAUUUGUUUUCUGCCUUUUUUGAUAAUACAAAUCCUGAUAUUCCAGAAAACAUUCUCGAUUUAUUUUCAUUCGCUAUUUAGUACUGUUAAUUAUGGAUGGAAUCAGAUUGAUAGGAUUUAUGUGUUUGUUGUCGUUUUGCGGUUGUCUUGAUGGGGCGAUCAUCGGACCAAACGAACCCGUGGAACAAAUAAUUCAAUCCACAUGGAACAAUCUCGAACUCAAUUCCGAUUUAGAUCUUACCACCCCAGAAAUAAUAGAAAAAGCAGGUUACUCCACGGAAACUCACACUGUAAUAACAGAAGAUGGCUACAUUUUGACGUUACAUCGUAUUCCAGGUGGCAACGGAUCUCUACCUGUAUUAUUAGUACACGGUUCUUUUAACGACGACAGUGUUUGGAUCACUCUUGGUAAAGGCAAAGCACUCGCUUAUUUAUUAGCGGAUCAGGGAUACGAUGUUUGGUUGGCUAAUAUGCGUGGAACUACUUAUUCGAAAAAGCACAUUACCUUAUCAUCAUCAGAUUGGAAAUUUUGGGAUUUUAGCUUUCACGAAGAAGGAAUGUAUGAUGUACCCGCGAUGAUUACAUAUAUCACGAAUAUGAGAUCACAACCAUUGCACGCGUACAUUGGUCAUUCCAUGGGCACAAGUUCAUUUUACGUAACGGCAACAGAGCGUCCAAAAUUUGCUAGAAUGGUAAAAAUGAUGAUCAAUUUUGGACCAGCAGUUUUCAUAAAUCAUAUGAGAAGUCCACUACGACCAGUACUUUAUUUGAUAAAAGAGUUUCAGUCAUUAUUGCGAGUUUUAUUCCAUGACGAAUUAUUCCCGCAAGAGUUUUAUAACACAUUAAAGACGUUACUCGGGUGCAACUUGAAUUUUUACCGAGCAGAGAUGUGCGCUAAAAAUUUAUUAUUUAAUCCCCUCGGUUACGACCCGGAGCAGUUAAAUUUAACUCAACUGCCCUUCAUCGUGAGUCAUAUACCCGUCGCCGUCUCACUUAAGACUGUGAUUCACAUCGUUCAAAUGAUUGAAUCGGGUACGCCUCGUCCAUUUGACUACGGUGCAGCGAAAAAUUUCUUGGUAUAUAAAUCGGUGGAACCUCCAGAGUACAAUCAAUCGAGUAUCGCGAAUAUACCGACAGCGAUAUACUACGGCGACAAUGACUUGUUUAUAAGUCCCAUUGAUGUGAAGAUGCUGUACGAUAUACUACCUAACGUAAUAGAUAUGUACGAAGUGCCAUGGCCCAAUUUUAAUCAUCUGGACUUUGUAUUUGGUAAUGAUGCGCCAAAGCUUUUGUACGAAAGAGUUUUGAAGAUCAUGAAAGAGAAGUAUUCAAACAAUGUACUAACAGUAUGAUAAUAAAAUAUAUUGAUGAUCUGAAUAUUGCACAUUAAACUCUGUAAUAACGAA